AUGAACUUUAAUUUGAAAAUUUUAAAAUAAAAAAAUAAGUUCAUUAAUAAAUUGAUAUCGGUUUAUUAGUACAUUUAUUGCAAUUAUUACAUUAAAAUAUUAUGAAAAAUUUAAUACAAUAUAAAAACUCAUAGAAUAAAAUGACAUGUAGAAAAAAAUUAAUUUAAUAUAGUUACAAAAUAAAAUAUGACAAAUUAAAUAAAAGUUUGAAAUAAAAAAAAAAAAAAAAACUUUAAUUUUUCAUUUGAGGAGAUUCCUACGUUAUAUUAUCAAGAUCAAGACAAGAUCAAGAUACUAACAACACAUAAGGCAAUGAGGAGCUUGAGCGAGAGGUUUCUAUUGGCGGAAGCAACGAUAUUUGCUCUUUUACUUGUCUCACUCCACAUUCAGAAAAUCCACACCGCUGAAAUUGAGUUCAUUUCAGAUUCAAGGUUCUUGACAGAAGCAGACACGUUGGUCUCACCAGCCGGAAUAUUUGAGUUGGGGUUUUUCAAGCCACGAAGCUCUGAGAACAAAUACGUUGGUAUAUGGUACAAGAAAAUCUCUGUUCAAACGGUGGUUUGGGUUGCCAACAGAGACUUCCCAGUCAACGGUUCAUCAUCCGGCACACUGAAAAUCGUCUCUCCCGGAAAUCUCGUCCUCAUGAAGGGCCCCAAUGAUGUAGUCUGGUCAUCCAAUUCAACCUCAUCAGCCAACGCAAUUGUACAACUUGAUGACACCGGAAAUCUAGUUGUCAAAGAAGGAAUCAACGACAAGAUUCUGUGGCAGAGUUUUGAUAAUCCAACUGAUACACUUCUACCUGUCAUGCAGUUUGGGAGAAAUUUCUUGACGGGGAAGAAAUGGAAACUAUCGUCAUGGAAGAGUGAUCAAGACCCAGCUCCAGGUGAGUUCACGUGGAGCACCGACACAAGCGGCUAUCCUCAGAAUCUACUAAAACAAGGCACAUCAGUCAAGUUCCGAGCUGGACCAUGGAAUGGUGUAUGGUUUAGUGCGGGUUCUGGGUUCAACCGGAAUAUCAUUAAACCAGAUAUGAUUAUCAAUGAAACGGAGGUGGUUUACAGAUAUUUUCUUGUUGACAGUUCUGUCGUGUCAAGGGUCACUUUGAAUUCAUUUGGCCAGCUAGAACGUCGGGUGUGGGAAGAUGGUAAGACAUGGCAGCUUACCUUGCAAUUACCAAAAGAUAUCUGUGAUACAUACAACAUCUGUCAGGCUUAUGGAGCAUGCACUGCUUCGACCACACAAAUAUGUGUUUGUUUAGAUGAGAGAAGAUUCGUGCCCAGAAACCAAAACGGAUGGGAGAGAGCAAAUUGGUCGGGUGGUUGUGUGAGGCGAACACCAUUGGAUUGCAAAAACGGAACCGAUGGGUUUAUUAAGUAUUCUAAUUUGAAAUUGCCUGAUACAAAGAGUUCAUGGUUUAACAUGAGCAUGACGACGAAAGAAUGUGAAGCAAAAUGCUUGAAGAAUUGUAGUUGUACGGCCUAUGCAAAUACAGACGUCAGACAGAAAGGAAGUGGCUGCUUACUGUGGUUCAGUGAACUCAAGGACAUGAGAGUCUCCUUUGAGGGCAAUGGUCAGGAUAUCUUUGUAAGAAUGGCUUACUCGGAAUUAGUUGUUACUUCUGCUCAAUCGUUUUCAGAGAAGAAAGGAAGGGCAAACAUCAAAAUCAUCUUACCUGUAGUUUUUCUGGGGGUUCUUCUGAUAGGCCUGAGCUCUACAUGGUUCUGGUAUAAAUGGAGAAAGAGACAUCAUCCACAACCAACGAGAGAAGGGGAAUUCUUACAUGUCGGUGAGAGCAAGAGAGAUGCCAUGGAGCUACCAUUGUUUAACUUUUCUACAAUAGCUAAAGCUACCGCUAAUUUUUCAUUGGAAAAUAAAAUUGGAGAAGGUGGAUUUGGACAAGUUUAUAAGGGUAUGCUAGAAGAAGGAUUGGAGAUUGCAGUUAAGCGUUUAUCUAAAACUUCAAGCCAAGGAAUUGAUGAGUUCAAGAAUGAAGUCAUUUGCAUUUCAAAACUUCAGCACCGAAAUCUUGUUAAACUCCUAGGAUGUAGCAUACAAAGAGACGAAAGGUUGUUGAUAUAUGAAUACAUGCCAAACAGAAGCUUAGACUCGAGUAUAUUUGACAAGACACGAAGCAUGCUACUUGAUUGGAGUAUGCGUUUCAACAUUAUCAAAGGAAUUGCUCGAGGACUUCUUUAUCUACAUCAAGAUUCACGAUUAAGAAUCAUCCAUAGAGAUCUUAAAGCUAGCAAUGUUCUACUUGAUCUGGAUAUGAACCCUAAGAUAUCAGACUUUGGCAUGGCUAGAAGUUUUGAAGGAAACGAGACUCAAGCAAACACCGAGAGAGUUGUUGGCACAUAUGGUUACAUGUCGCCUGAGUAUGCACUAGAUGGUGUUUUCUCAAUAAAAUCAGAUGUAUUUAGCUUUGGUGUUUUAGUGUUGGAGAUUGUGAGUGGGAAGAAAAAUCGAGGAUUCAUUCAUCCAGAGCAUGACAAUAACCUCAUUGGACAUGCUUGGAGAAUGCAUAAUGAAGACAGGUUAAUGGAGCUCAUUGAUACAGCUUUAGGCCAAUCAGUUAAUUCAUCGGAAGCUAUAAGAUCAAUUAUAGUGGGCUUGUUGUGUGUUCAACAAAGCCCAAAAGAUAGGCCAAGCAUGUCAUCGAUUGUUGUAAUGUUGGCCAACGAGGGUGCAUUGCUAAAACCUAAGCAGCCGGCAUUUUUCACAGAAAGGAACUUACUUGGUGGGGAUUUCUCUUCGUCAAGCACUUGCCCAACAAGUUCAACUAACGGUUUAACUGUAACAGAGAUAGUCGCUCGAUAGAUAGAACAUACAUAGCUUCAACAUUAGGUUUUUUCUUUUUUUGGUUCUUAUUAAUACCUUCAAAUAUAUGGACAUCUAUAACUUAUCUACCAUACUGGUUUUGUUGUGA